GUCUUACGAAGGCCGUUACUUCUUAAACCCUCUCUUUCAUUUUCUCAUUAAACCCUAGCUACUCCUCUCUUAGAUCUCGACAGAACUAGGAAACGGACAGCAAGUCAGCAACAAUGGAGUUCUCUCAAGAUGACUUUGAUCGUCUCUUAAGGUUCGAGCACGCUCGUAAAUCUGCCGAAGCUACCUACGCUGAAGACCCUCUUGAUGCCGACAACUUGACUAAUUGGGGCGAGGCAUUGCUCGAACUAUCACAAUUUCAAACCGUGGCAGAGGCAAAGAAGAUGAUAAAUGAGGCUAUUUCGAAGUUGGAAGAGGCAAUGAUGUUAAAUCCAACAGCCAAUGCCAUGUGGUCAAUAGGAAAUGCCAACACUUCUUAUGCAUUUCUGACUCCCGAUCUUUCUGAGGCAAAAAAUUAUUUUGACAAGGCAGCUGAUUACUUCCAACAAGCGGUUGAUGAGGACUCGACUAACGAGCUAUACCACAAGUCUUUGGAAGUUUGUGCUAAGGCUCCAGAAUUGCAUAUGGAGAUCCAUAAGCAUUCAAGCAGUCAACAGACCGUGGGUAGUGAAUCUUCUCCUUCUUCAAAUGCAAAGGGCUCCAAGAAGAAGGCAAACAGUGAUAUGAAGUAUGAUAUAUUUGGAUGGAUUGUCCUUGCAGUUGGAAUCGUUGCAUGGAUGGGGAUUGCAAAAUCCCAUGUUCCUCCUCCUCCAAUAUAAGCAUUAAGUGCAGAUGGCAAUAUCUUUUCACGACAUUAUUCCUACUGGAAGGCAUGUAUAUUCAGUUAUACAUGUGGUAUGCUAUCCGCAUGUUGAUCUUGAUCUUUAUUACUUACUCGGUUAGAAUUAUAAUGUCGUGCAAAUUUUAGUUAUAUACAUCUGUUGACAGUCUUUCAAGCUUUUCUUCUUUUCCCUCU